GGGCACUAUGAACGAAGAGGAGCAGUUUGUAAACAUUGAUCUGAAUGAUGACAACAUCUGCAGUGUUUGUAAACUGGGAACCGAUAAAGAAACGCUCUCCUUCUGCCACAUUUGUUUUGAGCUAAAUAUUGAGGGUGUUCCAAAAUCUAAUCUUUUGCACACCAAAUCAUUACGGGGCCACAGAGACUGCUUUGAAAAAUUCCACUUAAUUGCAAACCAGGAUUUUCCUCGACCUAAGCUUCCCAAAAGUUCUUAUGAAGGAGUUAAAACCAUUUUGACUAAGAAGAUAAACCGGAUUGUACAAUAUGCACAAAAUAAAGAUCUGGAGUCCGAUUCUGAAAGUUCUAAAACCUCCCAACAUCACCUGCUUAAUUUCAGACAUAAGCCAGAUAAGAAAUUACUUCCACAGUUUGACUCCCAAGUGCCAAAAUAUUCUGCAAAAUGGAUAGAUGGAAGUAAAAGUGGCAUUUCAAACUGUAAACAAAGGAUUUUGGAGCAGAGGGGAAAUACAGACUUUGGGCUCGCUACAUUACAAGAUUCAAGUGCCACUUUAUGCCGUGACAGUGUAUUGUGGUCCCAUAGUUGCAAGCAGGCCCAGAAAAAAGAAGAGCCAAUCUCUAGACCAGAAGCUAACAUCCAGACACACAAUCUACAUUUCAGCAGAGAGGAAUUGAACUCAAUGACACUUGGUGAAGUAGAGCAACUGAAUGCAAAGCUCCAACAGCAAAUCCAAGAAGUUUUUGAGGAGUUAUCACACCAAGUUCAAGAAAAAGAUUCUUUAGCCUCAGAGCUCCAUGUCCGUCACGUUGCUAUUGAACAGCUUCUCAAGAACUAUUCCAAGUUACCAUGCCUGCAAGUAGGACGAACAGGAAUGAAGUCACACUUUCCCAUAAACAACUGAACCAAACUUCACAUGCUCUACCCUUUAUUAGUCUGCCAAGCAUGCAUACUGAAGAAAUUUGAGGAAAGUUCAUGGGCCAUAUUUUUAUGAUCAUUUAUUUAAUUAGCAGAGCCUCAGGAGAUAUUCAACAUCCUUGUCUAAUAAAAUAGAUCCCUGUACUCUAGCCUUCUAGGGUUAUCCUUUGGCUUCAUUUUAGGAAUCCGUAUCCUAUAGUUUACUACAUGCUCAUCCCAAACUUUCACAACCUAAAACUAUUUAAAUGUUCUGCUAACAGUGUGAUUUUAUUAAACAUUUUAAUAUAAUUCAUCUGUUGAGACAAUAGCAGAUUAACAAGCUAUAUUAGUCUAAACUACUAAAGAUAAUUUUUAAAAGGGAAAUGAAAUUCAUAAAUCACCUCUUAUUUAUUAUGAGAAAUAUUUUAAUAUAAAAUUUUUAUAAACAAAACUAUUUUAGGUACUUAUUCGUUCCCUUUGUAAGUAUGUAUUUGAAUGGCACUGUAUAUUUACACUUUCAUGUGUAAAUAUGUUCACCCAUAUUUCAGAUCACUGCAUUUUAUUAUUUUUAAUAGUGUUUUUACAACUAUUAUUUUGCUUUUCAAAGAUAAAUGUAUUUUAGAGUAACAAUCUAGCUAGUUGAGUUCUCUGAUAAAUUAGGAAGGUGAAAUUAAUAACUUUUGUAGCAAAUAAUCAAAUAAAUAAAUGCAUUAUUUUGUUUUCUAACUAAAGCAAUCCCAGGAUAAGAAGAGAAUAAUCAUCUAAUUUCCCCAUAGAAACCACAGCUUCUAUUUUGUUCAUUGUUACUUCACUUCUAAUGAUUUUUGUUAUGUUAGAAUUUGGACAGAGUCAGCCAAGCCUCCCUUCCAAGUCAAAUGUAAUAUAUAUUUUUCAAGUUGAAAUUGUUUUUUGUACUAUUUUUGGAAAAAAAAUUCUGUGUGCCACUUCAGAUACAUUUCAAAAAAUUCUUAUUAAACUGUUCAAAUUUUGUUUUCAAUAUCAUUUAAUUCAGUGCAUAAGAAAGCAUUUUAAAAUAUUUUUCUAAACUUUACAGUCUAAUAGGAAAGGUAAAAUUGCUUGACACAAGAAAAAGAAAACUCCUAGUUCAACAAAAGUAAGCCCAUAUAAAGGAUAUUCUUAUAAACUGCCUAUGUUUUCAGAACUCUUAACUAAUAGGUUAUCUAAAACAACUAGGUAAAUUUUAUGCUAUAGUAAAGAGUAUAUCCAUGGUCCUUAAAUGGUACUUAGAAUGUAUUUUCCUAUUUCUCUAUGCUCGAAAGAAUCUCAAAGAAACUCCAUUAACUUGGCAGCUUCGUGUAUAAAGAUACAGAUGACGGCUGCCUUAAAUCUGACAGCCAGUCCUGGGCUUGGGUCAGAUUUCAAUCUUAAACACAAACAGUAUUUGACUAUUCAAAAAAAAGUGUCCAUCCAGUUGAAAGCUACUUUGUAUAUCUAAAAUGUAUUAAAUCUCCUUGAAAGUAUGUUGAUAUGCCAUUAAUUUUUUUGUUUUUCUUUGAAAUAAGCUAAACAGUCAAAGUGCUUGUGAAAAGCCCCUUUCAAUAUCAGUUCUUUGAGAGCCGUCUAAAAUGAACUUAAAAAAUCCAACGAGUGAAGUGGAUGUGUUGCCUUAGUUUUGAUAAGCUUUAAACCGAAUGUGUGGCAGUUCGAAAGUGUCUAAAUUUACAAGUUGGAUUAAAGACGUGUUCUGGUCAUGCCGAUAAGUAUUUUAGUGUUUAGUUGUUAUGGUUACCUUUUGAAUUUACUCUUUUGGGCAUAAUUCAUUAAUAUUAUGAGCAAAUGUGGUUGCACAUAUUUGGACUUCUGUUUAGAUGACUUCAGGAGAGUCAUAAAAGUUUGCAAUGUGUUGCAGUUGAUACCAGUAGUAGUGUAUUUGCAGAACAUGAGCCAUAUGGUGCAGUCCUAAAUACAACAGUGUUAUCCAAAGAAAAUGUUUGCUCCUCUCUUAAAAGAGUUUUCUGGCAAGUAUGUAGCUUUACUAAUGAGUUUGCAAUAAUUGUGUGGGAAUGUGCAUGUACUAAGAUCUUAAUUAGGGACUCUGACUUAAUCCACAUAGAUACUUCUACUUAAUCUUUUCAAAGGAAAGGUGCUCCUAAAACUAUCUGUGGUGCUGGUACUAAUAUCUAGUACUUACUCAAAUGAAUUUCUAGAAAAAAAAAAGUUGAAAUAUUUUGCAUAGCAUUGUAUCCUAAAUAUGUGUUAUACAUAUUUCCAUGCUUUCGUGAUUGAAUAUGCAAUUGCUAUAUAUGCAAAAAUAAGGAUCAGGGAGAGUUGAAUACUAACGAGAGAGCAUGAACUACCACAUACGCAGGUUUCUGUACUUAGCGGUUCUGUUUUCAGUACAUGUUGAGAAAGUUUUCAAAGAAAAUCUCAAGUAUGGCUUCACUUUCAAAACACAGAUUGCUAUUCAGUCAUUACUGACUUUUCAGAGCUUAUGUGAUCAAGGACAGAAAAUAAUUUUUUUUCAGCUUUGAUUUUAUAAUUAGACAAGUUAAAUCUUUGUAAAGAUCUGCAGUCAAGUGAUUUUAACCAUAUGAUGGUUUUUCUUUAAAGAUUAGGUUUUCUUCUACUUACCAUACUGGAAGCCGCCCCGUGUUUGAUCCCCAUUAAAUUAUCCAACUUUAUAUUUUGAGAAUAUGUCUUAUCUUUUGACGAAUAGUAACAUAUAAACUACUCCUUUGAGCUGGGCAUAUUACCACGCUUAUGAUCCCAGCUAGCUACUAAAGAGACAAAAAUAAGGAGAAUCAUGGUUUGAGGCCAGUGCAAGCAACAAGGUUAGCAAGACCCCCAUCUCAACAUAACUACAUGGGAGACAUAGGUAGGAUUGGAGUGUGAGGCAGGCUAAGAAAAUGUGAGAGGACUUAUCAGAAAAAGAAAGCAAUGAAAGGUCAGGGGUCAUUGCUCAAAUGGUAGAGCACCGGUCCAACAAGUAGAGCACCUUGAGCUCAAACCUCAGACCUGCCAAAAAUAAAUAAGUCCUUUGAAAGAAGACAUGCACUUGAGACCACUAACAAGAUGAUGAUUCAAGCAGCCUCGUGAUAUUUUGUUCAAUUAUGUGAUCUUUUAUGUAAAAUGUUAGAGAAAAGAGAUGUCCUUAGUUUUUUUAAAUGUGUGUUUAUUUCACCAGGAAGUGCCCAUUUUUAUAUACAUUUAAAAAAUUUAAAGUAUCAAGCUUAUGUUGGAAAGUGAUUUUAGGAAUGGCAACCAAAAAAUUCUAUUUUGCUGUCAUUUUAAUAGCUAUCGGAAGAGUUCUUUGUCUUAAGUUCUAUCAUAUCCUUUGUUAUUGAAAAUGAUUUAAAAUAUUUUUGUUUAUUAUCCUCCUUGGUGUUUACACUGUUAAGGUUUGUCCCUCAAUUUAAAGUAAGUUUUUGGAUUUGUAUGUGUUAAUAUUUACCACUUUUGCUUUUUUGUUUCAUCUUAGAGGAAAAUAAGCUUUCAUUAUUAACUUAGCAAAACAUAUGCUCUUAAGUAGAGAUUUUUAAAGAUUACAUUCUUUGUGCAGUUUUAGUAAAAAGAUUCAGAUUAGUAACCAUAGAAGGUUAUGUGUCCAUGAAACAUAAAUUGUACAUUGAAAAGUUCUUGUGUUAUUUUUUAUCAUAGUUCCUUUACUGACAGAUGAUGUUAUUGCUUAAGCUAAAGUAAGAGUAUUUUAAAAUACUUAUUAAGAAGUGUAAAACUCUAUGAAUUUUUGAAAUACCUUCUGUUCAGAUGUGAUGUUACAGUAGAGAUAAUUGGUUUCAUUUUAGAAUAUGACUGCAUCCUUAGCUUUAGAUUAGUAGAAAGAUUAUUGAAGGAAGUGGCAUAUAUCAGAGAUAAAGCCCUCAAGUCAUUCUUGCCUGGUUACGUUUCUGUGGUGAUGGGUAGAAAACCGUUUAAACCAGUAUAGUGAGUGAAUUGGGCUGUAGCACCUGUUGCUAGGUUUGGAAUAUCAAAUAUGUCUUACAUCUCAGUGUUUUCAUUUUACUUCAUAUUUCCACAGCAGUCCCCAUUAUGGCACACUCAAACCUACUAAGCAACUUCAGGCUAUGUUAUCUUCACAUAAAACAUAUAUUGAGAGUCUCUAGCAUCAAGAUCUAAUUCUUUAGCAUUUACCUAAUGUAAUAUAUACCUUAAGUACUACUUUUAGUUUAAUAGUCCACAUUAGUAAUGCAUCUUAGUGAUUUUGAACAGUCCACGGUUUUAACCUUACCGAAGUGAAGCUAAACAAUCAUGGAAAUACUACCCGCCCCCCAAAUAGUGCUUGUUGAACUUAUCCCAGCUAUACUGUUCAUUCCUGGCUUCCUUUCAACAUAUCUAAAGUAGUAUUUCCUUUCUGUCCUAUUAUUUCCAAAAGAAGGAGUUUAGAAAAGGUGUUCAGAAGUGACAGUUUGAAUGUUGUUCCUACUGUUACAGAGGGGAGAGUGUGUGUGUAAAGUGUACCUCACUUUAAAACUAAGUCUAUGCUAUGGCCACUGAACUUUAAUAUACUUGCUUUGGUGUUAGAAAUUUAUUUUACAAAAUUGUGCUAAGAUAUUUGGAAGAGAAUGGAACUGCUAUAGUAAAAACUUAAAAUUUUGUUUCAGAAAGCUUAUUAGAUAUUGUUUGGUUAUAUUUUCUUUGAAAACUGCAAUAAUUUAUAUAUUUGUAUUCUGCUUUGAAACUGUAACUAUAUAAGCUUGUCUAUUUUUAAUUUUACAACAAUAAAAUAUUUUGUUAUAACUUUA